AGUUCCUUAUUACAGCUUGGAUUCGACUGUCCAAACAAAAAUGCAAUUGCCAUUAAAGUCACAGAUGAACAAACGUCUACACUGAUUUUUAAAAGCAAGAAUAAGAACAGCAAGUUUCUGGGUGUGCUUUAUCAACAGAUGCAUAAAGACUUCAUACAACCUCAUUUCAAAAUGAAGGCUUUUAUUUGGACCCUAAGUGUGCUAUUCUUCCUACUAAUGGGCACUGGACACUGCAGAGGAGGACAGUUCAAAAUAAAAAAACUAACCCAGAGGAGAUACCCUCGUGCCACAGACGGUAAAGAGGAAACAAAGAAAUGUUCAUACACAUUCCUGGUGCCUGAACAAAAAAUUACAGGGCCAAUUUGUGUUAAUACCAAAGGACAAGAUGCAAGUACUAUUAAAGACAUGAUCACCAGGAUGGACCUUGAAAACCUGAAGGACGUGCUCUCCAGGCAGAAGCGGGAGAUAGAUGUCCUCCAGCUGGUGGUGGAUGUAGAUGGAAACAUUGUAAAUGAGGUAAAGCUGCUGCGAAAAGAAAGCCGGAACAUGAACUCGCGUGUCACUCAACUCUAUAUGCAACUAUUACAUGAGAUUAUCCGUAAGAGGGAUAAUUCACUUGAACUUUCCCAGUUGGAAAAUAAAAUCCUCAAUGUCACGACAGAAAUGCUGAAGAUGGCGACAAGGUACAGGGAACUGGAGGUGAAAUAUGCGUCCCUGACUGAUCUCGUCAAUAACCAGUCUGUGAUGAUCACUCUGCUGGAAGAGCAGUGCUUGAAGGUAUUUUCCCGACAAGACCCCCACAUGUCUCCUCCUCUCGUCCAGGUAGUGCCGCAGCACAUCCCUACCAGCCAUCAGUACACCCCUGGACUGCUGGGCGGGAAUGAGAUUCAGAGGGACCCAAGUUACCCCCGGGAUUUAAUGCCACCACCUGAUCUGGGGACUUCUCCCACCAAAAGUCCUUUCAAGAUACCACCAGUAACUUUCAUCAAUGAAGGACCAUUCAAAGACUGUCAGCAUGCAAAAGAAGCUGGACAUUCAGUCAGUGGGAUUUAUAUGAUUAAACCUGAACACAGCAAUGGACCACUACAGUUAUGGUGUGAGAACAGUUUGGAUCCUGGGGGUUGGACUGUUAUUCAGAAAAGAACAGAUGGCUCCGUCAACUUCUUCCGAAACUGGGAAAAUUAUAAGAAAGGGUUUGGAAACAUUGAUGGAGAAUAUUGGCUUGGACUGGAAAAUAUCUAUAUGCUUAGUAAUCAAGAUAAUUAUAAGUUGUUGAUUGAAUUAGAAGACUGGAGUGAUAAAAAAGUCUAUGCAGAAUAUAGCAGCUUUCGCCUGGAACCUGAAAGUGAAUUCUUAAGACUACGUCUGGGGACUUACCAGGGAAAUGCAGGGGACUCUAUGAUGUGGCAUAAUGGUAAGCAGUUCACCACACUGGACAGAGAUAAAGAUAUGUAUGCAGGAAACUGCGCCCACUUUCAUAAAGGAGGAUGGUGGUACAACGCGUGUGCGCAUUCUAACCUAAAUGGAGUGUGGUACAGAGGAGGCCAUUACAGAAGCAAAUACCAAGACGGCAUAUUUUGGGCUGAGUACCGAGGCGGGUCGUACUCUUUGAGAGCAGUUCAGAUGAUGAUCAAGCCUAUUGACUGAAGAGAGACCGUCUCCAACUUAACAGAGAACUCUGUCCUUGUCAGUUCCUAAAAAUGUAAAUGUCACAUGUAUAUUGUUUUGCCCAACUCACUGCUACAGAUUCAGUUUUAAAUGAAUUUACCAUAACUGUAAAAGGGGAUUUAUGACUGUAGUUUCAUCUUUCUUCAAUAAUACUGCAGAUUACGU